CUUCGAGACACUUUGCUAUGCAGGAGCCUGCUUGGCAUUGGCAAGAGUUCAACCUUUCAUUGUCAAAUUCCAACCUCAGACCUCUCCCUCAAUGGCGGCUGCUACCAGGCUCCUCUUUGAAGCCAGCUUUUUACCUUCAACUGGGACUUUCAGCGGAGGGGCUGGACACCGAGAAGAUGCAGUCCGGCAGAACGACGGGAACCUUGCAGCAGAGCGCGUUGGGUGUUCUCACCACCGAUGGCACCACCUUAACCCAAAGCCGAUUCUAAGAGAGCCCACCGAAUGUGGUGGCAGCAGACGGUAUGUAUGUGGAUUGCCAGGUGGUCAAAUUCAUGGGCGCCACCGGCGACGUAAUUUGGUGGUGGGAGUUUCCCACAUGGCGUACCCAUCAUCAGACAAUGAGCGGUCGACCAGCUCCAGCCUGACGGAGACGUCUGGACAGGUCCUCUUUCAGCGGCAUCGCCCCAAGACAAAGUUCCAGUAUGCAUCUUCACUAGAGCAAUUGGGUCUGGCGAGACUCUCCUCAACGGAGUCUCGAGAAGCGGCAGUGGCGAUGGGCAUCGAAGAGGUUGGGGAUCAGGAGACGCCUGUCUGCAUUGGCUUCACUGUUACCAAAGAAGGAAGAGGAGACCUCAGGCUGGAAGGUGCAGCAGAUACCGCGCUGAUCGUGCCCUGUGCCAGGUGUGCAUGUUCAGUCGGUGUGCCCAUCGAGGGUCCGUUCAACCUGCUACUAACUGCAAAACCGCUGAGAGUGGUGGGCCGCACUGUAGUUGGUAUAGUGCGUGGGCGCAAGGAUCAGGAGCUGGAGGACCUGGAGGAGGCAGAGGCAAUGGCGGGGGCGCUAGACGACGAGGCGUAUGACCUGGACCUCGACGACAAGAAGUACUUCCCUCCAGAGGCAGCCGAAAUUGAUCUAUCGGAGUACAUCAGACAGACAAUUCUUCUCAAAGUGCCAAUCAGGGUUCUGUGCAAGGAGGACUGCAAGGGGCUGUGCAUAGAUUGUGGGGCAGAUUGGAACAAGCAAAGUUGCUCUUGUGCUCAAAAGAAGAAACUCAACAACACGGGGGCUCCUAAAACCAACUGGGGGUCGGACCUUGCGCAGCUCCGAGAUCGAUUACGGAAGGAAAGCUAGACAGCGUCCUGGUGUCCAGCUACGUAAGCUUCGGACUUUUCCCUGUCGAUAGUCCCUGCACAGCAAACCACUUUCCGAGACAAGACUGUCAGCGGUAUGGACGGUAACUAUCAUUGUACAGUGCAGUUCGCUUCGCUUCAAGGCUUCACUUCGUGGUUCCUUCCAGAUAUCUGACUAGUGGAGAAAACGACGGAGCCAGUACAGGCCCACUCUAGUUAUGCUGGUUGCCCUAGAUGGCCGGGAG